GGUGGCGCCGGGCAGAUGCUUCCCGCCCGGGGCCCGGCGAUGGCAGCGGGCGGAGGCCUCGGGCUGGGUGCCGCUCGGGCGGGCAGCGUGGUCGUGGGCCCCUGAGUGACGCCUCCCCCUCCAGGGAUGGAGGUCGGGGAGCAGGAGGAGAGCAGGAAAGAACACUGGAAACUGUUGGGUAAUCUGAAGACUACUGUGGAAGGCUUAGUGUCUAUCAAUAAUCCCAACGUCUGGUCUAAAUAUGGCGGCUUGGAGCGGCUCUGCAGGGAUAUGCAUAGCAUCCUAUAUCAUGGUCUCAUCCUGGACAAGGUGCAUCACCGACAGGCGGAUUACUGGCAGUUUGUGAAGGAUGUGCAUCGGCUGAGCCCACAUGCGGCCCAUCAUGUUGAGAAGUUUCUCCACCUGCAUGGGAACGGGCCUCAGGAUUCUGACAAGGCCGGAGAGCGCACCGUCGCAGAGCUCUGGCUGCAGCACAGCCUGCAGUUCCACUGCCUUUCAGCUCAGCUGAAGCCUCUGCUGGGGAACAAGCAGUACAUCCGGAAAUUUUACACUGAUUCAGCUUUUCUACUGAGCGACGCCCACGUCACCGUCAUGUUGCAGUGCUUGGAGGCUGUGGAGCAGAACAACCCCCGGCUGCUGGCUCAGAUAGAUGCAUCUAUAUUUGCCAGGAAAGGCGAGGCCUCCGAGCCCAGGACAAAGAGUCUCACGGCAUUUCUGGGGUCCCUCUCCACCCCUGCUGCCACAAGCACAGCCCACCGGUGCCUUGGCUCCUUCUCCCAUCUCCCCUCUGCCUGUGCCAACAUCCCAGACAGGAGAUUAUCAAGUCCUUCAGCAUUCGGCAGCCCCUGCCAGGCUCAGGAAAAUGCCCCCUGGGGCUCUGCUCACAGGCAUCUGGAAGGCAGGUGCCCCCAACACCCGGCUCCUCCUCCUCCUCACCUCGGCAUCUCUGGCCCCAGAGACGACAGCUUCCCAGCUGCUGGGAUGAGCGCUGGCAUCUUGCCCCACCCAAACUCUGACUCCUGUCCUGGAAGCCAGGAUGAGACCGACGGGCCAGAAUACCUAGCCAUUGGGAACCUCGGCCGGCAAAGCCGGGCCUGCGACACCCCCGAUGAGUCUGGCACUGCCACCUCGAACAGUGCUGGGAGCAGCACUUCCAACCUGUUUUCAUCCAGCAGCUCUCAGAAGCAGGAGUCUGUGUCCUCCUGGGGGGACCAGGGAGGCAGCGGCAGCCGGAAGGCCGCCUUCCCGCGCAGGUCCAGCUUCUCCGAGGGACAAACCUCCAGCCUCCAAGGGAAGCCCCGAAGGAGCCAUGUGCGCUCCCAUUCAGACACCAACGUGGCUUCUGCAAAAGCUCACGAGUCCAAUGGAGACAUUUCUCAAUUCAAGGGCAACAUGUCCUGUUCGAUGCAGAGUAAAGAGGGAAGCACUUCUGGAUCGGUCUACGUGGAAUACGACACCGGACAGUACCUGCACUCUGGGGAAGGCAUGUUCCGGAGGCCUUUGGAAGGCCAGUCCCUGAUCAGUUACCUGUCAGAACAAGAUUUUGGCAGCUGCGCAGACUUGGAGAAGGAAAAUGCUCACUUCAGCAUCUCCGAAUCGCUCAUUGCUGCCAUUGAGCUGAUGAAGUGCAACAUGAUGAACCGACGGAUAGAGGAGGAGGAGGAAGAAAGCGACAAGGUGAUACAAGACCUCAAGCAGAAGAUCCGCAUCCGCCGGCAGCAGAUCCGGACCCGCUACCUCCACCCGGCGUGCCAGGAUUUGGGCUCUGACAGUCUGAAGGCAACGGACAGCGGAUCGUAUUUCAGCUCCCAAGAGUCAACCUGUCCCUCUGACUCGGGUUCUGCAGAAGAGGUGGAUGAGUAUGAGAUCCAAGAUGGAAGCGAAGGAUCCAACCUGAUCCUCAUGUCCAAGAGCGACCUGUCCGUCUCAAUGGCCUCGCUGUUUUCAGAUGCAGACAUCAAGAGGAACAGAACUCCAAGCAAAAAGUCGUUCAUUUCCUCCGGCUCCACGGGCUACCACACCUUCCUCCACUCGAACUCGGCAGAAGCCGUAGCCAUGGGCUUACUGAAGCAGUUUGAAGGGAUGCAGCUGCCCGCAGCCUCAGAACUGGAGUGGCUCGUGCCCGAGCAUGAUGCCCCACAGAAGCUAUUGCCCAUUCCUGAUUCCGUGCCCAUCUCACCGGAUGACGGAGAACAUGCAGAUAUUUACAAGCUCCGCAUCCGGGUGCGGGGGAACCUGGAGUGGGCGCCCCCACGCCCACAGAUAAUCUUCAAUAUCCACCCAGCACCAACGAGGAAGGCAGCAGUAGCCAAGCAGAACUAUCGCUGUGCUGGCUGUGGGAUCAGGACAGAUUUUGAUUACAUCAAACGCAUGCGCUACUGUGAGUACCUGGGCAAAUACUUCUGCCAGUGCUGUCACGAGAACGCGCAGGUGGUCAUUCCAAGCCGCAUCCUUCGCAAGUGGGACUUCAGCAAAUACUACGUCAGCAACUUCUCCAAGGACUUGCUGUACAAGAUCUGGAAUGAUCCCCUCUUCAAUGUGCAGGACAUUAACUCUGCCCUCUACCGUAAGGUCAAGCUUCUCAAUCAAGUCAGGCUUUUGAGAAUCCAGCUGUACCACAUGAAGAACAUGUUCAAGACGUGUCGCCUAGCUAAAGGGCUUCUGGACGCCUUUGAUGCCGUGCCCGGUCACCUGACAGAGGACCUUCACCUCUAUUCCUUAAACGACCUGAGCGCCACCAAGAGAGGGGAGCUUGUUCCCCACUUGACAGAGCUCCUCCGGGUGGGAGAAAUGCAUGUUGAGAAAUGCAUGCUCUGCCAGGCAAAGGGCUUCAUUUGCGAAUUCUGCCAGAAUGAGGACGACAUCCUCUUCCCCUUUGAGCUGAACAAGUGCAGGACGUGCGAAGAGUGCAGAGCUUGCUACCAUAAGGGCUGCUUCCGGUCAGGACCUUGCCCCAAAUGCGCACGGCUGCAAGCCCGGCGGGAGCUCCUGGCAAAGCAGAGCAUGGAAGCCGACCUCUCGGACUACGAGCAGGAGGAGGACGUGGUGGGAGCAGCCACGUGACGGUCGAGAAGCUGCAGGUUGGUGUGUGGCCUCUUCUCCCAAGACUGAUCUGACAGCAAAGCCGGACAGACCCUCCCACUGCUUGGAAGCUAAAGCAAUGGAGGAUCUUUGCAACUUGGCACCGGGAAGCGAACUUCCUUUUCUUCCUGGAUGCGAGUACUGGAGAGAGAAACGGUUGGCUUCCGUUCGUUGCCAACUUGGAGGCACUCUGAAAAUUUCCUCUCUGCUAGGAAGGCAGAGCAGGUGGCUUGGUGUGUGCCCAGACUUGAUGCCAGGGCUUUGCUCCGUCCCCUCUGGGAGAAGCUGGUGAUGGGUUUUCCAGAGGCUGAGCGUCCUGAUGGGAUCCGGCCACGCUCGUAAAAGGGAAAAUUAACCCCUUGCCUUGUUUUACUUGUUGUAUUGGUUGCUGUGUGCCAGAGGAGGCCAUUUUUAUUUAAUUUUUCUCCAGACAACCCCCCACCUCAAAUUCUCUAUCCUCCCUUGCUAAACUUCCCUCCCCUAGCCCCUGUUUUGUGAGAUUUGGCAGGGGAGCCAGAAAGGAAGAAAAGCCUUAGGCCUGUCCUUUUAAAUCUUGGGAGAAUGUUGGCAGAGAAACCGAGUUGGUAGCCAGAAUGGCAAACCUGGAUUUGAUGGGGGGGGGAGGGGGGCUGAAAAGACAAAAGGCAUUUCCCAGCUCCUUAAAAGGAUCUGUGUGUAAGAACACGCCCCACCCCCUUUCUCUUGCCCAUUUCUCUGAAUGGUCUUUUUAGUAAGAGGAACGUUUGCUAACUUGCAGACCAGAUUGUGCUCCAGCAGGAUGCAGAAAGCCAGAGGAAAAGUGUUUUUCCUAACAGGAAGGCAUCUUUGCCAUAGCCGACUCCUUCAGCUGUUUCAGGCUGCAGUUCCUAUCCUCAGCCAUCAUGGCUGUUUGAUGAGGGCUGUCAUAGCCCCCACAGCUGGAGGAAGGGGGCCAGGCUCAGAGGUCUACCUAAGCAGCUCCUUGCAGCAGAGAGGGAUGCUCGGGAUGCCCGGUGGGGGGGGGGCUUUUGUGCCAGUGCUGCACUGCCCUCACAUUUGCUGUUUGAGACACUUGGCCCAAGCAUCUGGGGUGGGAGGGCGCCUUCCGUAGUUUGGAGGCCUCUGGCUGUGUGGGACUUCUGGCAGGUUGCACGGCCAUUCCUAAGUGAUCCCCUUGGGGACCCUGGCAGGGCUGAGAAACUGUAGUUAUAAUCCCAUUCAGAGGCAAAAUUUUAGGAAGGCUGGAGAUUGCUUAGGCCAGUGUUUCUCAACCUCAGGAACUUUAAGAGGUGUGGACUCCAACUCCCAGAAUUCCCCAGCCAGCACGGCUGGCUGGGGAAUUCUGGAAGUUGGAGUCCACACCUCUUAAAGUUCCUGAGGUUGAGAAACACGGUCUUAGGCAAAUAUGUGGAGGUGAUGUUCUGCCCCGCUUUACAAGCGUUCUACAAGGGGUGCAGUUUCAUUUGAAUUUAAGGGAGCUCAUCCUUCAUAUCAACUCUGACCUAACUGCAGAAUGGGCUGCUGUUUUGUGGGCUGUGAUUCUGUUGUCUGGGCAGUGUUUCCCCUUCCCUUAAACCAUGUUUUUCAAACUCGGCAACCUUGGACUGCAACUCCCAGAAUUCCCCAGUCAAUGUGUUGAAGUCCACACAUCUUAAAGUUGCCGAGUUUGGGAAAACACUGCCUUAAACCGUCAAGACGUUUAAUCUGUGAUGCUUCUCAUCCUACGGUACGGUUCUUUGAUCAUCGUUGGAAAGGUGCAUUAAGCAUUUCUGCCCUGAUCCUGAUUCAAGCAGUUUGUUUUUCCUAGGACAAAGCUUCCAUGCACCGCAACCACCCUCUCUGUGGCUAGGGACCUGGGGGUCAGUUCAAAGGAUCCCAAAGCAUCAGACUACCUCUGUAGAGUCCAGCAGCUCUCCCACCCACCCCCAAUAUUUUUCCUCCAGAUCACAGCAAUAGUCCAACCGGCUUGCUCAGUCUCUCCAACCGCAACAGCUGUUCUGCUGCUGCUCUCUCCGAUACUCUGCAUGCUCCAUGUCGUAAAGUGCUUGAGACCAAGCAUAGCCUGUGACUUGCUGAGCUACUAGAACCCCCACGAGCAGAAAAGUAAGGGACAACACACACCAGGCCAGGCCCACAUUUGGGCCAGCGUGACUUUCAGUGUGCAAAACUUGAUCUUUCUGCGAGCAUCCUGUUUGGCUCUUCCGUGCUCUGGCCUCAAACCCAUGGUUGAAAAGCAGGUCACAGGUUUGGCUGCCUAAGCGUGUCCAACUUCCUAACUUGGUUGCCUCCUGCCAGUCCAUGGAAAGUCAGCUACUUCCUUACCAAUGGCAGCCAAGCAUCUUGGAGUAGAUGUCAGGUCUGAAUUUGCAACGUAGGGAAAGAAAAUCAGGGUAUCAGAAGGUGGCAGAGCAGUCCCCUUCCCUGGAAAAUCUGUUGGGGCGUAAUGCCCCUUUUGGCACAUGCUGGAGUUCUCCUGGAACUUCCUAGCACAGUGGUCUGGGUUGGGACCCCCCUUCUUUUCCCCCAAGGCAUCCCCUGUAAUAUGCUUGAACCUCAGAUGUCUGCACCACCCCACUGUCUGUUGCAAAGGAAUUGUGGGUUUUUUGAAAGUGCAAAAAGGUUGGCAUGAUGUUGUCUAAAGGUGGAAAUACUUUUUCCUAAACUUUUAAUCAGGACUAGCGAAAGGUGGAAUUCCUGGCAUCAUUAAGUCUUAUCAAUCUAGCAUUUCCUCAAAGCAGCAUUUUUUACUUUGCUUUUUAACUGUACAGGACGUGUUAGGAGUAGGCCGAAAGCCAAUUAGGAGAGACCUGAAACGAUGGUUACAUAUUUUUUUUAAAUUAUGGCACUGAUGGAUCCAGACCUAAUGGAACAUCCUGCCUCUGCAAGGCAUUGCUUGAGUGAAGACAUUUUCCCUACCCCAGGAUCACGGUCUUUACAGCCGCUUUCCUCUGAGGCUUAAGCACCCCAAGCUGCAGUUUCAUCCUAGAUGCUCCAAAGGACAGGACAGGAGUGUGAAGCUCAUUCCAAACUCCAGAAGGGAAAUGCUAGGUUAGUGAGGAAGGCAAUAUCUAAAAAUUGGGGCAGGUUGUUUCGUGAUUCAGCUCUCUGAUGGGCAGAAGCAACGUCCCAGGUACAGGCCAUCUGACCAGUAGCAGCAGAGGAAAAAGACUGGCACAUCAAAAUUGGCAUGGGGGGAUGGGGAGGGGAAGCAGCAGGGCACCCUUUCCCCCAACUUCUUAGAGCAUCGCUUGAGGCCAGUUUCCUGGGGUGUCUACUGAGAAGGUCUCCUACUCACUCCCACUCUUGCGUGCAAGCUCCACAAGGCAGCAUAGAGAACAUAACAGAUCCUGGAACAGCUGGUGGUCAGAGACUGAAAGGUAAAUUGAAACCCAGCAACUGGUUUCCAGAUCCCUUUGGUUUGCUCUCAUGAGACAGCAUCCAUUCCGGUUAACAUCUGUCACCUCCCCUAAUCAGAUCUUCAACUACGUUUUUCCAUAACACCUUCUGUCUGAAAGCGUCCUCUUUCUCAGUUCAUGGCCAAGCUGUGCAGAACACCAAUUUAGCACCAGCGUUGUUAAUCUGAAUAGUUUUUUAACUGAGGGAACGUGCUCUCACCCCUGAUAAGUACAUUUAUAUUUGCCCUGCUCACCCCCUUCCCCCUCCCCCCCCGACAAAAUCUGGCUCUCCGCACACAUCUUUUUAAUGCACUUGAAAAGAUCACAAAUGCACACUGCAGUCCUUUAGCAGGUUUCUUCCACUGUGCUACAAGCAAACACGUUUAUUUCAUGAACAUUUUUGAUACUCCAGAACGUUUACUUCCCUUUUGCUGGCAAAGCUAUUUUCUAAAAGCACUGACUGAGUUUUAGAAAAACCAGCAAGUAAGGAGUAGGUUGAGAGUUCUCUUUGGAAAUAUCAGAAAGUACAAACAGGGGUCUUGAUGCACAGAAAGGGGAUCUAGGAUGCUACAUGGGGCUCAGUCCCACUGGAGCGCUGAUUAAUGCCCAUUUGGCAAAGAUGGUUCCUACCGGUGUUGAAUGUGACAUGAAUGUUAUUUGUAAUAUCUAAGACCACGCUGUGGUUGAACCUGGAAAUCCAUCUGUUACUCCAGCGCAGUGUAACAAUGGAAAUGCCAUCAGUAAUAAACAGUAAUAACAA